AAUAUAUUUCUCAAGAACCACCUUUCCCACCGUUGCAGAAAUAAACAAAGAACAAAGCGAAGAUGGCGUCGUUCGAUCAAGCACCGCCCGGAGACUCAAAGUCCGGGGAGAAGAUUUUCAAGACCAAGUGUGCUCAGUGCCACACCGUCGAAAAAGGCGCUGGUCACAAGCAAGGACCUAAUCUUAACGGUCUGUUUGGAAGGCAAUCGGGUACCACUCCAGGUUAUUCCUACUCCGCUGCUAAUAAGAACAUGGCUGUGAUUUGGGAGGAGAAAACUUUGUAUGAUUACCUUCUCAACCCUAAGAAGUACAUCCCUGGAACGAAAAUGGUUUUCCCAGGAUUGAAGAAGCCACAGGAACGUGCCGAUCUCAUUGAAUAUUUGAAGGAAUCAACGGCUUAAAUGGGUUUCCAACACUUUUUCUUUUAACUAUUCCAUUUUGCAGUCGUUAGAGAUUGUUUCUCAGAACAAGGAUAUAAUAUAGUAGACCUUCAAGGUCAGCAUUCUAAAUACGAUUGUUUCAUUUUUUUCCCCGAACUUUUAAAUAAAUUCAUUGCUUCUCA